GGCCCGCGCCUCCCGCCCCUGCCGCCGGCCGCGCCAUGCGGUGAACGCCCCAGGCAGCCAGAGCACACUCGACCCGGCCCGACGCCCGGACCCGCCGCCCGGACCCGCCGCCGCCCCGGGACCCCGACACCGCCCCGGGACCCCGACGCCCCGACCCGCCGCCCCGGCCCAGGGCGCAGCCGCAGCUCAAGAUGGCCCGAGGCAGCGCCCUCCUGCUCGCCUCCCUCCUCCUCGCCGCGGCCCUUUCUGCCUCUGCGGGGCUCUGGUCGCCGGCCAAGGAAAAACGAGGCUGGACCCUGAACAGCGCGGGCUACCUGCUGGGCCCACAUGCUGUUGGCAACCACAGGUCAUUCAGCGACAAGAAUGGCCUCACCAGCAAGCGGGAGCUGCAGCCGCAAGACGACGUGAAACCAGGAAGCUUUGACAGGUCCAUGCCUGAGAACAAUAUCAUGCGCACAAUCAUUGAGUUUCUGUCUUUCUUGCAUCUCAAAGAGGCUGGGGCCUUCGACCGCCUCCCGGAUCUCCCCGCCGCAGCCUCCUCAGAAGACGUCGAGCGGUCCUGAGUGCCUCCUGGGCGUCUUUGUCUGUGUGUUGCAAUCUAAAGUCAAACCUUAAGAUGAUGGAUAAUCUUAGGCCAAUUUACACAGAGUCGGCUCUUCCUGUUCUCUUUGCCUUGAUGUUGUGUUGUCACAAUUUAAGAAUUUUUUUUUUUUGGUAAUUAUUUUAUUUUGAGUGACAAAAUAAAGAAUAGCAAUUA